AGGAUACACACCUUAUAACACACACGAGAUGUCCAGUUCCUGCUUUACCCAAUUGAGACCUUUAUAAGCACCAGAAGAACUUUAUGAAGGGGUAACUCCACAACAUUACCACUUAUAGGUCGUUACGCGUAUACAAAAGGUUAUUCGCAUACACUGGAAUAUCUGCGAAGAGGUGCACGUUACCUUCAUUACUUCUACGCUUGCUUUCAUGUUAAUGUCUUUCUAGGUAUCUGUACAACUCCCGCCCCUAUAUUAAUACUUUAGACGCUGCUGCAUCUUGGAGUUGCGUGAACCGUUUAGGGUCUUGGGUCUGUACGAUCGGUCCUGUCCAACCGCGGGCAAGAGCACGCGUCGUGAAGGCCGCGCUCCACAGAAAGGCAGCCUCCACUCGGAUUCGCCCUAGCAGGGCAUGCAACAGACCGCCGCGCUAGCGGCGGCUGUUGCCGCUGCCCGUACGUGCAGCUCCUUCCCUACACAUGGCCACCCUCGUAAGCGCAAUCCCACACAUCCUACAUCCUAAUUAACCGAUCAGGGACAGUUAUUUAGUGGCAGUUAGUUGUUACGGGUACGGCACAGCAGUUAACGGCGCUGGCUGGCGCUGUGGCGCAUGCAAAUAUACACGGGCAGUAGCUUGACAACGAUGACAACAACAGCAAUGGGUGUAUCCUUGGCAUAGAGAAGCCUUGCAGCGCUCUGCAGCGGUAGCGGCAGCUGUACGACAAAAAUGGCUGCCGUGGAUCGCAUUCGUGGAUUCUACGGCGACCAGCUGUUGGUACGGACAGGGACGUUGCAGUCCAUCAAGUCCUUCGGCAGCCAGGCGAGCGCCGCCGCUUCGGUGGUCAGCGCCGCGGUCGUUGACCCCGCCAAAAGCGACAAAGCUGGCGGCGCUGAGCGACGACCGGGCGACGAAGAUGUCGUGAUCGAUCCAUACGAACUAAACUCCUCGGAUUUCGAGGAAUCAGAUUCUGGUACGGAUCGAGAUAUAGAUUCAGACAUCGGCGACGUGAAUGACUGGGCAUCGGAGGUGGGCGGCGACGAUUUGGAUCUUGAGGAAGGCGUGCUAGCAGCCGCCGGCGGCGGUGCUGCUAGGUCGCGACUCGGCAGUGCGGCGACGACUCGUACCAUUGGCGGCGCGCCGCGCAAGCAGGCCCGCAUUGGGAGCGCCGCCACCGUCCGUACAAUCGGCGCCGCGUCAGUGAAGUCCCGAGCCGGUGGCGGCGCAAUGUCAAUGAAGUCGCGCGCCGGCGAUGGCAUGGUUGGCGCCGUCUCGCAGCGGGUGCGCGUCGGAAGCGCCGUGCCGGUUCGCAGAGACGGCGGUGCGCUAUUACUAAGCCCCCGCAACAGCGUGGGCGGCAUGGGCGCCGUCGGUGCAGUUUCACGUAAGUCGCGUGUCGGCAUUGACGCUCCCAGCAACGAUGGCGGUACCGGCGGUGCCGCCGCCGGCUUGGCGCAUAGGGUGAGUAACGCUGGCAUCCCCGUACGAACCAGCAUCGGCGGCGCCAUCACUGGCAGGACUAGCACCGGCGGCGCCAUUGGCGGGCGGACCAGUGUCGCCGGCGGCAGUAGCGCCAGUGGCGGCGGUGGCGGCGGCGGUGCUCGCCUCGACAUGUCGUACCGGACGAGCAGUUCGGCGACUGCGGGCGCUAGCCCCGGUGCGGCGAGUGUCGGACGCCCGCGAAGCAGCGCACCGUCCGUUGCAAGUCGCCGACUCUACCUGUCGAAGGCCCAUGCGGCGAGUGGGCCGGCGCCGUCAGUGGCGGCGUCAAGUCGCGGCGGCCGUAGCUUCCGUAGCUGUACGACGGUGACGGCAUUGGACGAGCGGUUGACUGGCAGGGCUGUACGGAAGCGGUUGCUGCGUCGUCGAGGGUGGGACUUCCAGCUUCGAGAAGAGGAGAUCGACUACCAUCUGGGUCGGGAGCUGCCGGACGCCCUCACUCGCCCGCAGCCCACGGUUAACUCGGAGGACGAGGAGUCGAGUGAGGAGGAGGGCGGCAACGGUAACGGUGACGACGAUUCGGGUUCGAUGCAGGGCGCGGGAGCCGGCGGCAAAUCCCAACCUCCGGGGCCUACAUUGGAAGCGAUUAAGGCGUACGCGCACGAACGAGCGCCCGAGGUGUUCUGGGCUGAGCGGUUGCGGAUGGCAAAGCUAAAGGCGCGCGCCACAGGUCAGGCGGUGACGGUGCGAGGCCGCAUGGACGGCAAGAGACGCCGAGAACUGCUGCGGAAGGUCCAAAAAUGGGACAACCGAGAGUGGUUUGACCGCCGCAAGCGCGCUCCUCCCGCGCCUCCCCUGCACCCCGCCGUCGCUCGGGUCAUCGAGCAGUGGUUCUCCCUCGUGGACGACGACGGCAGCGGCACACUGGACCAUUCGGAGUUGCUGGCAGCGCUGAGGGCCUCCAACGUGCCAGUCAACGCCAACAACAUUAAUGAGAUGAUUGACCUGAUGGAUCUGGACGGGGAUGGCGUGAUCAAUUGGAAGGAGUUCGAGACGUUCUUCAUGUACGAGUUCGCCGCGGGUAAGAACCUGCUGUCCGGGGAGUAUGUGCUGCCCAGUGGCGUGGCGCUGCCGUUCGGGGUCAUGAUUGCCAAGCUGAAGCGGAACAAGCUGCUGGGAGAUCUGAUUGGGGGCGGCGCAGCUCGAUCCAAGUGGUCUGACAUCGCGGACAGUCCGCUGGCACUUGAGGACGAGCUAGGGGUAAUGGCGGCCGUGGAACUAGCCAUGGAGGAAAUGAAGAACCCCGCGCUAGGUCGUCAGCGCGUCCGUGCCGCCAAGGCCGUGUCCCGCUUGCCGGCGCACCUGCGCACGCCCUCCCUCACCCGGCACCUGCAGCGACACCCGGAGAUAACGGAGCGGUUGCUCCGCGCGCCCUCCAUCAGCGCUCUCCUGCUGAACACCAUGAAGCGCGUGCCCUCCACCUCCUCUGCGGUGGUGGCGAGAUUGGCUUCCCUCCGCUCCACGGGGUCAGCCAUCAGCCGCACCUCCUCCGUCAACGGCCAGAUGGCCAGCCAGUCCUCCUUCUCGGCAGGCAGCGGUGGGGGCGGCAGCGGCGGCAGUGGCAGGACGGGCAAUGUGGACCUGAACGUGGCUGCUGCCCUGGCCGCGGGACUGGAGUGGCCGGUCAGCGGCGCCAACUUCUACAACCGGCGGGCCAGGACCGUGCUGAGGGCUGCCUGCCAACGGCCACCGGAAGCGAUCGCGCGGAGCGUCCGCGGUCCGUCGCCCGCACCCCCUGGCGGCGGCAGCGGCGGCGGUGGCGGAGGCCUUGUCGCCGCAAACGUCGCCGCCGCCGCUGCGGCCGCGGCUGCUGCCACUGCUGGCGGCGGCGGCAAGACGGCUGUUGACAGCGACGACAGCGACGAUGACGGCGACGGCGCCACGACCUCACCCCCUGCCAACAAUCGACUUCUGGCCAUGAAGACGAACAGCAAACGUAACUUGGGCAGCAAACGCAUGGCCAGCAAGAGGCUUGGUCGUAGCGGCCGCAGCGGGAGGUUGGCGGCUAGGAGCUUGGGGCGUGGCAGCCGCCGGAGGGGCGGCAGCGACAACAGCGACAGCGAGGAUGAGGGCGAUGACGAUAAGGAGAGCUCCGAGUCGAGCUCGUCCGAGGAGGUACUACCCUGGCUGGUCAAUGCCAAGCGUCGUGCGGAGGAGGAACGCGAGGAGCUCCGUCAGAUGCUGCAAGCGGAAGCCGGUGGCGGCGACGGCGCUGAUGCCGGCGGCGGCCGUAAGAGUGCCGACGGCGGGGAGGACGGCGAGGAUGCUGACGUGUGGGUUUCGCCCAUGCUGCGUAAGUGGCUGACGCAGCAACACCGACCCGGGGGUCAGCCGUUCUCGAUUAGUGACGCCAUUGCGGCCGCCGCCUCAGCCAGUGGCGACGGCGCCCUCGCCGCCGCCGACGGCGACGACGCGGGCUCGGCGACGGCGGCAGCGACGACGACGCCGUCGCCGACACUGGCGAAGCAGGUCAGUGGCAUUAAAAAGAUGCUCGCGAGUUCCAACCUUGGCGGUACGAAUGCGGCAGCGGCGUUGCUGAAGCUGACGGCCAACCACAAUCCCUAUGCUGCCGAAGACGGCGACGGUGAGGGUGCUGACGGCAGUGAGGGCGAAGAUGCCGAUGCAGACAAUGCCAAUGACGGCGGUGACGACGACGACGACGAUGAGGGCCCCCUUGGAGAACUUGUCUCGCGGCGAAUGUCCGUUAGUUCCGUUACCGCACCCGGCGUCAGCAGGCUGUCUCGUUCGACGACGUACGAUACAGAACUGUCCUGCUCGACACCCGCGCCGCCGCAUGAACAAGCGGAGCCAAGUCAGCAUUCGCAUCAUCACCAUCAUCACCAUCAAAGUCAUCUGGGGGCGGCAGGUGUCAUUGACGCAACGCCGUUUCUUGUGUCCGACACGUCGCCUGGGACACCAGUGCAUCCGGAACCAUCCGGCAUGUCGUACUCGUUUUGCGUGGGGCCCGACGGGAUGCUAAUGAAGCCACGCAAGCCUCGGCGUCGCAUGCGAUUUGAGGAUGAACCGGAGGAGCCGGCGAUCCAGGAGGGCGAUGCCGAGGGGGGCGAAGGCGGAGGCAGCGGUGCACCCGGCACCUCCGGAACACCUCUCGGACCUGAGACGUCGGGCGUCUCAUUCGCCUCUGUGAGCGGCGCGACGUCUGCUAUGUUUCUCAAGAACCUUGGGUCGCACGAGUCAUCCUUUCGCGAUUCCAGCGGCAAUCACCCCGCCGAUGGUGAGGACCCCGACGGCGGCGCUGCCAGUGGAGGUAUCAGCGGCGGCGGCAGUAGCGUCGCCACACCGGCAGCGGCGUCGACGCCUUCAGCGCCGGCGGCGCCGCUUCGAGGUCUCCUCCGAGGCGUGCUGGUGGAGGCGCAUUGCGCGACCCCAAGUACGGCAGAUACGCCCAUCCGCCGCCGUCUGCCGUCGUACACGUCAGGCGGCGGCCCUGACGGCGCUUUCCGUACACCGUCUAUAAUGGCGGGCACGCCGAGCUCCCUCCGUCCGGCGCUGGUUCACGGCCCUGGCGUCGGCGGUGCCACCGCCCCGGGUGUCGGCGUCAGCGGAGGUGUCGGCGCUGGCGUUGGUGGAGGCGGAUUAUACGACAGGAAGUCGUACGCGAGUCCGGAUUGGGAUGACGGCGGCGGCGCGACAGUGUUUAGUGCGUACGAUGAUUUCGAGAUGGAGGAGCUGGAUGUGGAGGAGGCUCGGGAGAUGAUGACGCAAAUCAAGUUCCACAUGAACAAGGAGGACGCAUUGUACGACAUCCAUACGGGCCACGAGGCUGACCGCCCAAACACCCAGCAGUUCCGACUCGCCCUCGCUCACACACGUCAGCGGGCGGCCCAUCUCCUGCAGACGCACAGCCUGCCGCCUCAUCCCGAGUUUUCGGGCGCGGUAGCGGUGGCGGCGGCGACGGCGGCGCUUCGGCCGUCGGCGUCGUCAGUGGCGGGGGCGCCGCUGCCGCAAUCGAGUGGUGUUAGUAACAGCGGGUUUCGGAGCUCCGCGACGAGUAUUACUGGCGGCGUCAGUGGCGGCGGAGGUACGGCAGCAGGAUCGGCAGCGGCGAGUGUUGCUCCGUUGGCGUCAGCUCGGUCGCUGGCUAACAACCGUCAAACGAGCCGACAGGUUGUUGCACGUAACCAUCAAGGCCUCCUGAUAUCGGGCGUCCACGUCAGCCCCACCGCCGCAACAACCGCCUCGGGAGCAGCCGGUGUCGCCGCUGCACAACCGCAUCCUCAGCAGCAACAAUCAUCGCGCCAGUUUCGAAGCCAUUUCAGUUCCUCUCUUACAGACAAACCCGCCGUCAACACCAACACUGCAGUGCGGGGUCUCGCUCGCAGUGUGACCGUGGGCGGUGCUCCUGCCGUACCAACGCCUUCCAAGGGUACGACAACAGGCGCCGUACAGUCACGCAGCGCUACUGUCAGCGGUGCCGGUGGCGGGAGCCCUGGGCAAAGCCUUGGCGGCGGCGACGGCGGCGAGACCAGUGUCACCCAUGUUGACGGCAGAGGCGCCGCCGCCCCUGGGGAAGCGACAUACGUUUCACUGGCGGCGGCGGCAGAGGCCGUCGUGGCAUCCCAGCCGCCACCGCCAUCAUUUUCGGCGCAUCAGAUUGACAACAACGUCGUUGCCGCCGCCGUCGCAACGUCGAGAUCCAGACCCGGCUCGCGUCCUGGAUCCAGAUCUCGAGCUGCCGUACUUCACAGCGCUCCUGGAUCCCGUACAUUGUCCCGUUCUGCCUCGCCGCGGCCUUUCCAGGGCACCGAAACCGGCAGCAUCAGCGUUGGCGGUGGCAUCAUGGCCAUCACACCUGCACCGGCGGCGCUACCAUUGUUGCAAACGCACGCCUCAUGCCCUCAGCCACGUCCUUCUACGCUAGCAACGGCGGUGGCGGCGGCAACGACGACGACGGCCUCACAGCCGCACACGUCAGCGGUCUCGGCGUCCGGGUUUGACAGCAUGUACGCUCGAGCGGAUGCGGCUGGGACGGUAAAAGCGCCGCAUCAACGCGUGGCGUCUGCUGGCUCACGUGCACGUGCUGCGGCAGCCGCUGCAGCGGCGGCGGCAGCGGCGCCAGUAGUUUGGGACGCUCGUGUUGCGGCCAUCAUGCAACGUCACAUGGCGGCAGGACUAGCGCAGCUGGAAGCUCGCACCUGGCGCGUCAAACCGCCCGGCGCCGCCAACCCGGCUGAUGGCGUUACGUCGCAGGCGCAGUCGCCGUUGCUUGGUGGAAGUCGAUCCGUCGGCGGAGGUGCUACGGCAACAGCGACCGCUUCAGCGACGGCGACAACGGCUCGCGGUGUUCAUGGUGACAGCAGCCGAUCACAAGCAUCUGCGCCGUUCCGUAAGCGCGCGAGUACACAUUUGGGCGUAUCGGUACCGUACAUCCAACCGCAACAAGCUUCAGAUGUUGACGGCAACAGUACGGAACACGGCAGUACGGCAACGGCUUCUCGUACGCUACUGGGUCCUGCAGGAUCCAAGUUGCCGGAUUUCAUUCCGCUUCCUGGAGCGAUGCCCCGGCUGCAAAGCAGGUACGCCGCCAAGCGGCAGGCAGCGACAGCGUCGGGUGAUGCCGAAUCACUCGCGGAGGCGGUGAAUGCGGCGGCGGAGGCGGCGGCGCGACGGGCGGUGGAGGCAGCAGCGGAAGCCGCCGCCGCCGCCGUUAACGCUGACGCUGAUGUUGGGUUUGCCUUUGAUGCCGGCGGCAUUGAACGCGGAGGCGUUAUGGAGGCGGAAGCUGCAACGGCGACACCAGCGGUGGUGGAGGAUGACGGUGGUGACGGCGAGGGGGAAGGUGAAGAUUCGUUGCUGCCGUACGAAGCAAGCCAGCUAACUGCGGUCACUGCUACGACCGACUCCCGGCCUCCCUCUGUCGGGGGCCCAGAUUCCCCGCCGCUUGAGGCCUUCUCGCCCCUGCUCCCACCGCCGCUACCGCCCUCAUCGCUACUGCCAACACAACCUCCAACGGCAGCAACGUCGCCCGUGCAAGCGGACCUGGUGAUCUCCCCCGUGUUCCCCGCUUCGGAUGCUGCUGCUGUUGACGCUGCUGCUUUCACUGCUGACACAUCUGCUUCUGCUGCGCCUGGUGCAGCUGCAGCUGCAGCUGCUGCCACCGUAGCAUCGGCAGCGACAGAAAGUGCAGACGUGGUGGUCGCGGCUGUGCCUGAAAACGGUGCCGGCAUGCAGGAACCACAGCAGCAAGAGCAGGCGCAAGCAUUGCCGCAACAGCCCCAACUCCAAGUGCAAGUGCCGUCGCCGCCGCAGCAGCAGCCGGAACAGCAGGCAUCGGAACUGACCGCCUCUUCGGAGCCCUCGCAUGCUACAGCCGAGGAGGACGCCUCUGUCGUACAACAGCAUCAAGUGCUACAGCCGCCGCAGCAGCAAGAGGACUCCAUCCCCGAUGGAAGCGCCGGUGCCGCCGCCGUCGGCACUGCAACGGGCGCAGUUCUAGAGGUCGGUCGCGACGUCACGCUAGCGCCACUUCCCAUCGCGCGCCUACCAGGGCAUGACAUUCUUACCGCCCCGUCGGCGGCUGCGGUAGCAGUUGCGGCGCCGUCGACGCCCAUCUCCGUACUGCACCGCCAAUCCAGCGCCGCUUCCAGCCUAUCAGAGGCACCUUCCAUGGCCCAUUUGGAUCGAGAGUCGCCUUCGUCGCCGUUCCUGCAGCCGCCGCCGUCAGCAGCGACAGGGAUGGCGGCGGCGGCGGCGGCGCCUGGAGGUGAUAGCAGCGGCGGCUAUGAGGGAGUGGCGGGGAAGGUACUGCCGAAGCCCGGGGAGACGACGGUGGCGGCGGCAGCAGCAGCAGGACUUCUUGGGGUAUUGGAGGGUGAUGGGCAGCUGCCGUCAGACGGUAUGCCUGGCAGUCUGGCAGCGGAAAUGGCUACGGAGGCGGAGGGCGAAGGCGAUGGGGAAGGCCAGACAGCAGAGGUGACGACGCCAACCGGCGUGUCAGCCGUCGACAAUCUCAAAGCGCUCCUGGAAUUUGGAAAGCCGACGACGCCGGCGCUGGCCCGACUCGAACGUGCAGCCAUGAGGCCGGCAGCGUCAGCGGCGCCCUCACGGCUGCGACUGGACGCUGCAGCCGCCACUAGCGGCGGAGCCACCGCCGCCGGUGGCCCCGACGCGGCACCGUCGGCGGCGGCAUUGCAUGCGGGACCGUACAGCGGCGGUGGCGGCGGCUACGUCCUGCCGACGGCGUCGCGACUGAAGAUGAUGACCGCGUCAACGCCUGUCGUACACGGCACGCAUGUGCCGGCGGCGGCGCCGCCGCUGCAGGCGGCGCUGCCGCCGUCGCAACACCACCAUGGGUAUAAGCCACCGCUAGCGGCGCCUUCCGCUCCGCAGCUUGGCGGUGGUGGCGCCGUUGGAACUCAGGCGGCGGCGCUAAUCGGGGAUUUAGUCGGCAUGGUGGCUCUGGGCCGUGCGGCGGGAUCACGCGCCCCGACGGACGCCGGCGGCGGCGUGACGGCAGGUGACGUAUCACCAGUCGCGCGGGAGAUGCUGUCGGAGGCAAACGCUGCACGUCGACGGUUGGCUCAGCCGCCCGGACGAGCUCGGACGCUACAGCUGAUUCCGCUCUCCGCCGCCCAUGGCAGCAGCGGCGGCGGAGGAGCGGACAGCGGCUAUGUGUUGUCGUUGCUGCCGACGUCACAGAUGCCGUCGCACAUGCGCCUAGGCCCAGCAGGGCACAACGCCGCGGCGUCACAUUCCGCCGGCCAACCUCACCAGCAGCAUCAAUAUGGCGUACAUUCGCCGCCGUUGCACCCGCCGACGGUGCCGUACACUCAUCAUGCUCAUUUUAGCGCCGGCGUCGGCGGUGUCAGCGGCGGCGGUGCCGCCGCCCACUACCGUCAUUCUCGUUCCGGAGCAGCAUCUCCAACGCUGUCGGAGCCGCCGCCACUGGUGCUGCCGCCGCUGCACGAUCCGGCGUCUCCACGAAUGCCCCGUAGCAGUGCGACAACGGGCGACGGCGCCGCCAUUGUCGGUAGUAGCACAGUGGAGGCGUCGCGUGUGCCGUACCGACGCCGCUCCGCCGUCAUGGAAUCCGUACCGACGCUUCCAAUGCUGACUCAGCGUCAGAAAUCCCGGGAAAGCGCCCCAGUGUCGCCAGUGAGGAUACCUGUCGGCGGCGGUGCCGUCGCCGCCACCGUUGACGGCGACGUCGGCAUUAGUAACGCAGCCAAACUCGCCGUGAGUCCAAGACUGCCAGUACGGGCCUUCAGCAGCGGUAGUUCUCCCUUACAAUCUCAACUUCAGCAGCAAUCACCUAACGGUCACGCCGCAGGUGCUACAACAGCCCCAGGUAACGGUCUACAUGCACCAGGCAGUGUACGGCAGCAGCCGUACGGCAAUAACGGCCACCCUGUAAGCGGCCAUAACGGUCAUAAUAACCACCAACAGCACCCGAAGCCCUUCAAGCAUUCCUCAACCAUCGCCCGUAAAUCCGCGUGGGAUAGCCACGAGGGAGCCGCGCCGUUGUCGAAGGCCGCAGCAGCAUCAGCCUUUGCGCCCGCGCCGCCGGCGGCUCCGCUCGUCGCACCGGUGGUCAGCACGUUAUCUGAUCUGCCCGACAUCGUUACGCUGCUGAGUGAUCCACGAGGUACCCCGGACAGCGGACCUACUCGCGUGCGGAAGAUGGAUUACUAAAAACACAAUAUCCCGAACCGUUAACCUGUAUUUUGCCCUCGGCACCUAGGAGCUAUGUUAAUUGCCGUUGAUGUUAAGGUAACGGCGAAUGAUGCCCUACGGACGGGGCGCGUGUGAUUGGUCAACGAUAACUGUGUAUGUUGUUGACAACGUGAACUGUUGAAGGAGAUGCGUUGGCAUUGUUAGACCCGUUGCCUGUUAGUUUCCGGCAUUCCAAAUCUUCACAGUUGCUAUGUCGGGCAAUUGAUCGGUUGCUUUGCUGGGGAUGUGUCACACAUGUCCCGGACGGUCCGUGGAAUCACCCCUGUCCGGUGUUCCGACCUAAAGGGUUGGUUGGGCAUUCAUUUGGGGCCCAUUGAGGUUCCAUUUGCACUCUUUGUUGUUGUGAUCAUCAUUGCUAAUGUAUCACCAGGGCGGCUCGCCAGGUUUGGUUGUCCAAGCCCGUGCGUGUGAUGGGAAGUGUAGCUGCUUUGGGACCCUAGAUUGCUUUGAAACCCGGCUUGGAAAUCCCGAGACUGUUUUGUUUAUGUUUUCUGUGGGGGUGGCUAGUUGGUUGUUCGCUCUCGCAAGCCACGUGGGGCCACAGGCGUACGUGACCUGGAUGUGUCUCCAUAGCUAAGAACGUUGUGACUAAGAACGUUGGGUUGUGCUACGAUGCAAAUCUUUUCACUACCCCCCUUGUCCUUACAGCAUGCCAAUUAGGAAGGCGAGGGAGGGUACUGGUGAGGACCAUGACGAAGGACGCAAAGCAACAGACAGCAGGGUUUAUUAGCUCUUGUACGGAGAGGGGCAGCGGUUGUCCUCCUCCUGAUCCUUGCAUCGUCACUGUUGACGAUUGGAUGGUUUGCUGGCUUUUGCUUAUGUGGUGGGCAAGGCUAGCAUGCAGAUAUGUUGUUUGCGGCAGCUGGAGGUGUGUACAGCGAAUGUACACGGAAGCUGUGGUUCAUGGAUUGUGGGACACACGGAGAACGUUGUUGCCAACAGGACACAUUGCUUGAGGGGGCGUCAGCCGCUUUAUGUGCUUUGUUACCGGUAUGUGCAAGACGUACGGUGGCGGUUAAAUUUCCGUGCAGCAGGGACCCGCCUGCACGCUAUGCUAGGAACCAUACAGAAGCUUGUCAUAGCAGCUCCGUUUGUUAUUGGACAAUGUAGAGCGAUCCAAGACAGCUCUUUGACCAAGGAUGUACAUAGUAACCCUUGCCAGGCAGGUCCAGGCACGUGUAAAGUCUUAAUGCAUCC